CAACCGCGCUCCACCACCAAACUACGCCUACACCGUGUCCCGCAACGACCACGCCAGAUGUCGCUGGGUCCUGAAUAUGGAAGAACCAUUUUGUGAAAGCUAAAAAGAGCCCUACAUACCAACAUAAGAUCGAACAAUGGCCACCAAAUCCAAUUUCAAGCGGUCGCUGCCGCAGAGGCAGCCGGCUGUCCUCGCGUCGCUGCGGACCACGCAGCUGGUGGGCGACUCGAAGGCCGUCCUGCCUGCAGAGCUCAUCAAUACGAUUCUCGACUACCUACCCGUUCCCGACAUGUUCAGAUUCGCGCGUACCUCGAAACGUAUGCAAGAAAUGGUAUACGACGACACACGAUGGAUACAAAGACUCAAAAGCAUGGGGUGCUGGAACGAUGUUGAGGCAAAGCAAAGGUUCGAAGAUUCUAUGCGGAGGAAACUGGAGGCCCAGAAAGCGGAAGAGGCGCGGAGAACAGGCAUUGCCAACGGGACACCCCUGGGAGUUGAUACACAGCGGAAGACCAGCAUGACUCUCUUCGACGCCAGUAUAGAAGAGGAUAUGCUACGGAAGUCCGGAGAACACAAAGCCAGACCAAGGUCUACAACGCUGGACAAAGGCUUCAACGACAUGACGAUGUCGCCUUCGGGGACUUCAGCGCCGUCAAAAGCACAUACAGUGGACCCACAAGAUGCUCCCCAGGUCCUAUCGCAGGUGCGCUCCAUUCGAGGCAUGGCGCGGCAAGAGUAUGGGAAAAUCUACGGAGCAUUGGGCCCAUAUUACUUCGAUCUUGAGAGAUCGAGAAGUCACACGGAUCCUGUACUAUUCCGCACAUACCGCGAUCCUCAACAGCAGGCUCAAAUGUUGGCACAACUUAAGACGUUCGCCAAAAGCGACUAUUCGCAAGGAUGGGCACAACGCGAGGAAAAACUGGAUACGAUGACCGGCAUCUUUGAGAAUGCUGUGCUUCGGGAAUUCGAGCAGGGCUAUCAAGAGAAGGAUUUCGAUGGUCGCAUGAAGAGGUUUGCCUCUGUCUUGGUUGCUUUGAACGGAGGUGCAGCAUGUUUAGAUUCCUUCAUUCACAACCAUCCGUUGAUGCUCGAGAAGGAGAAACUGGGGAACCCGACAGAUUGUAUAUUGCAAAGUGGCCCCAGCCAGCUGACACUGCAACCCUCCCAUGACUUCUUCCAAGGUUUAGCGAUUGCGCUCAACGAGGAAGCAGCUAUCAUCGACCGUGUAUUUCCACCCACUGUCGACGCACUGCGACCUUUCCUGGAUCGUGUUGCGGAAGAUGUCAUAUCCGAGUACCUCACAUCUUUAUUUGACGAGGCGCACGAUGCCAAUAUCGAGGUGUAUCUGAAAGCUGUUGCGGGCGUCUUUGACCAAGCACUCCAAUUAGCAGUUUCCCUACAUCCCACAAAGGGCUCGAGACCUGACUUUCGGGAAGAAACGAUGCGCACUAUAUGCCACUGUUUUGAGCAGCACAUCGACCUCUACCUACAGGAAGAGUUAGAUUUCUUCAAACGAAAGUCGGCUGCCGAGGUUGACGUUUGGGAGAAGCGACUUUCGGAUGAAGAGCAAAGCACAGAGACCUUCUACAUGUCAAAUGUCAACCGGAAGGCCGUAAAACAAGACUUCUUGUCGUCCUUCAAGAAAGUCGUCAUGAUGCCAGUCAACGUCCUUCCGACUAUGGGCGGCUCUAGUGCCAGUAAACCCGCGGCGACCGUGGUCGUAAAUGGUACUACCUUGGAUCUACCAUCGAGAUCUGGUACACCUCUUUCUGGUGAGCGAGUGCCCUCACCAAGGCUGGAAGCUCCAACGACGGAGCUUGCUGCUAAGGCAGCCAUAAUGAACUCCCGGUUGGAGGGCAUUCGGUCGCUCUUCAGCAUUGAAGUGGCUUUGAAACUUACCCACAUGGCCAAGUCUAGUUUAGAGCGAGCUGCACGAUUUGUUCGGCUUGGUGGCCAGUCAGGUGAAGAGGCAAAGGAGCAAUGUGAGCAAGUCUUUAUCAACCUUGUGCAAAUUCUUGGAAACCGUCACAUGAAGCUAGGGUUCGACAAGGCCGUUAGUCAUUUGGCAGACUAUAAGCCGCGAGAAGUGGCGGAUCACAGUACAGAGGGCGUCGCACCGCUUGUGGCUUUUCUGGAACUUGUCAAUGUUGGAGACUUGAUUCAACAGAUGGUUGAAGUCUUCUAUCUACAAGAACUCAUCGCCGCCAAUCUCACUGAUCGUGAUGAUUUUCUCAGUCUCGCGGCAAAAGAGAAGAAGCGAUUUGAGCAGAUGCUCGACGAGCGAGUGGCUGCAGGUCUGAACAAAGGCAUCGAUGUGCUAAUGGAUGAAGUCGAGUACCUUUGCGGCACUACUCAGCUUCCAUCAGACUUCAACCCCCCUGUCGGUCCUAAAGGAGUAGUAGAGGUAUCUGACAUCGGCCCCAGCCCCACAGCAACGAGAGUCGUGGACGUUAUGUCGUCGCACACAAGCAUGCUGGUUGGCAGCAUAGACAAGAACGUGCUAGAUGUGUUCAACCAGGAGGUCGGGGUGCGCUUGUUCACCGCGCUCUGCAAGCACUUGAAGCGGCAGAGGAUCAGUAUGGAUGGCGCAAUCAAGCUCAUCAGCGACAUGAACGCAUACAACGCCUACAUCGUCUCGUUGCGCAACAAGCCCCUCAUGCAGUACUUUGCCGCUCUGCGCGAACUGUCGCAGAUAUACCUGAUCGAUCCCAAGGAGGCGAAAGAAAUUGCGAACAUCAUAGCUGACACGGAUCGCUAUCAUGGGAUAUUCAGGGCGGAGGAAGUCUAUGAGUAUGCAGAGAGGAGAGCGGACUGGUACCAGAUUAAAGGUGCAGUGGAGAAGCAAAUGUACGGAGUUGGAUGUUUGGUCAUGUAAAGCGCUCGAUCAAGUGGCUCUGCGGGCUGCCAAACACAAAGAGGCAGCGUGCACUUCCGCUUUUGGAAGGAUAUGCAGGCUGCUGGAGGGAGCAAGCAACGCACCCAAUACUGCAUACUCUGAAGAUGGGCAAGC